AUGUCGAAGCCAUUAUCUUUUCAAUGUCACAUGAAGAAUACAAUUAAAGACGUCUUCCUAUCUCGUGGAUAUACUGAAAUUCCAUGUGCAGAGGAAGAGGAUGAAGACGAAAAUAUGGAAUGGGAUUUUAUUUGGGCAAGUAGGGCUUGGAUAGGAGCACAUAUGCUAGGACCAUCCCCAAUAGUCUUGAGACCAAAUCAACGCGUCAACCAUUUUCCUAAUUCUUUCGAAUUAACCCGAAAAGAUUUAAUGGCAAAAAAUCUCAUGAAACUCAGUCGAGAAUUAAGGAAGACAGGUCAAGAAUCUACAAUGGAUUUCUUUCCACAAACAUUCGUUCUACCAAAUGAUUGGAUGAGGCUUCGCCAAGAAAUUCAUGGUUGUAACGAUAUUUGGAUAGCAAAACCAGUAGGUGGAUCCAUGGGUUCUGGAAUUGUAUUCCUUCAAAGUGAACAAGAAGCAGUCAAAUUCAAUAAUUCGAAUAACAACAAAAUGAAUUCAGCGGAAACACCAGAAGAUAGAAUGAAAUGCACUUACGUUGUUCAGAAAUACAUUCCAAAUCCAUAUCUCGUUGGAGGCCGAAAAUUUGAUAUCAGAUUAUACGCUUUGACUCUUUCUUUCAAUCCACUCAUCGUUUACAUUUACAGAGGAGGAUUCUGUAGGUUCUCUUCUCAGCCAUUUUCUAUGAAAUCUUUCGAUCGUGACGUUCAUUUGACAAAUAUUGCAGUUCAAACUCAUUCAGAAGCUUACAAUCCUCGCCAUGGUUGCAAGUGGGAUACACAUAGUCUCAGAACUUACUUUAUCCAUCGCCAUGGCGUUGAACUUACAAAUCGACUCUUUACAGCAAUUCAAUCAAUCAUCUUGAACUCUCUUCUUUCAGUUUUAUCAUCGGUUAUACCAGACAAGCAUUGCUACGAACUUUACGGUUACGAUAUCUUAAUUACAGACGAUCUUCGUCCGUGGUUGAUCGAAGUCAAUGCAUCACCUAGUUUAGAUGCAAAUACAGAAGAGGACUACGAUAUGAAAUUCAGUAUGCUCAAUGAAAUGCUUGAUUUGGUUCAAUUAUACCAAAACAGAGAAGAAAAUCAAGACAUGCCAUUACACUAUGGAGGUUAUGAUCUUGCCUGGAAUAACGCUCCCGUCGUCGCUAAGACUUCAACAAACUGUACUUCAUAUCUUGGUUGUAACUGUCCAGUUAAAGGCUCUCCGAAUAAUCCAUACCGUACUAAAGACAGCAAGUUUGUUGUUAAAAAGAUUCCAGCCCUUAACAAGAAAUAA